CUUCUUUCUCCACCCUGCGGCUCCCCUCUUGUUCCCUCGCUCGCUCCCAGCCCCGGCGCUAAGCGUUUUCGUUCGCGGAAGGCGGCGGGGUCGGGGCGAGGGCGAUCGCUCUGUGGGGGAGCCGCUCCGGGCACCUGCGCUCUCUGGGUGCGCGGGGCCGGGCGUGGGGCUGAGGGCUUGGGGUCCGAGCCCCAAGGCGGCGGCGGGCGGCAUGGCGGCGGCGGCGGAGCCCGGGAGCUCCGGCCAGCAGCCGCCACCGGGCCAGGGGCAGCCGCCGCAGCCACAACCGCCGCCGGCAGCGCCCCCAGGCGGCGGGAGCAGCGGCGGCGGGAGCGGGGGUAGCAGCCGCCACGAGAAGAGCCUGGGGCUGCUCACCACCAAGUUCGUGUCGCUGCUACAGGAGGCCAAGGACGGGGUCCUGGAUCUCAAGGCGGCUGCAGAUACUUUGGCCGUCAGGCAAAAAAGAAGAAUUUAUGAUAUUACCAAUGUUUUGGAAGGAAUUGAUUUAAUUGAAAAAAAGUCCAAAAAUAGUAUCCAGUGGAAAGGUGUAGGUGCUGGAUGUAAUACAAAGGAAGUUAUUGAUAGACUGCGAUAUCUCAAAGCAGAAAUUGAGGAUCUGGAGCUAAAAGAGAGAGAACUUGAUCAACAGAAAUUAUGGCUACAGCAAAGCAUCAAAAAUGUUAUGGAUGACUCCAUUAACAACAGAUUUUCUUAUAUAACUCAUGAAGAUAUCUGUAAUUGUUUUAAUGGAGAUACACUUCUUGCAAUUCAAGCACCUUCGGGUACACAGCUGGAGGUACCUAUUCCUGAAAUGGGCCAGAAUGGACAAAAGAAAUACCAGAUCAAUCUAAAAAGUCACUCAGGACCUAUCCACGUGCUGCUGAUAAAUAAAGAAUCCAGUUCUUCUAAGCCUGUGGUCUUUCCUGUUCCUCCACCUGAUGACCUCACACAACCUCCUUCUCAAGUCUCUACUCCAGUGACUCCACAGAAACCUAAUACAGAGCCCCAGAAUCUGCCUGAACAACACACCCUUACCAGAGGUCUUCAGCAGACACCAGUUUCAGACACACCCUCAGGAUCUAUUAGUGGUGAUAUCAUUGAUGAAUUAAUGUCUUCAGAUGUGUUUCCCCUAUUACGGCUCUCUCCAACCCCUGCUGAUGACUACAACUUUAACCUUGAUGAGAAUGAAGGAGUGUGUGAUCUCUUUGAUGUACAGAUACUAAAUUAUUAGAUUCCAUGAGAACUAUUUGGCCUGUUAUCUACCUCUAACUCUAUAACAUUUUAGACUUCUUCAUAACCUAAGUAUUUAAAAAUAAUGAAUGUAACAGCUUUUUUAGUUCACUGACUCUGGGAGUAUUUUUCCUUUUGUUUAAUUAUUUACUUCACAAAACUACCCAAAAGAACAAAAGGGCUUUGAUCUCUUCAGGGCAAAAAGUGACUUCGCAAGUUUUUUGGUUUGGUUCUUUUUUUGAGAACAAAAUUACAGUCACAGAAUUAUUAUUGGUGGGAAAAGGGGUGAGGGUGGGUAAUUAUAUCAUCAGCAUCAUCCUAAGACCUCUUAUUUCUACCCUGUGUGGGGCACAAGUUAAUGCUAAACAGCCUUUAUAGGUCAUUACAAAAUAAAUGACCUGGGUUUCUUAUUACUUAAAAUAUCAUUUUAGACCAUUACUGCCACCAGCUGUGUCCAUAUUUUUUCUUUCUGUCCUUCUAGUCCAAUCAGUUUUUCACUGCCAUUUAUUUGCAAAAUGAAGGAUAUAAGCUGACACAUGAAUUGUUUCAGUGAACGAAUUUUGUGAAGUGCCUUCUGUUUUAGCACUUUAAGUUUUUCACAUUUUGUUGACUUCUUGACAUUCUACUUUCCUAGA